AUGUUCCCGUAUCCCUCGGGGACGCUCCACCUAGGCCACUUGCGAGUAUACACCAUAUCCGAUGUUCUGGCGCGCUUCAAGCACAUGCAAGGCUACAAGGUCUUACACCCCAUCGGAUGGGAUGCCUUUGGUUUGCCGGCUGAAAAUGCCGCCAUCGAGCGAGGUGUGCAUCCAGAAAAGUGGACGCUACAGAACAUCGAAGCCAUGAAAGCACAGAUGAAGGAAAUGGGAGGUCGCUGGGACUGGGAUGCUGAAAUACGAACAUGCGACCCCGACUUCUACAAGCACACACAGCGCAUCUUUCUCAUGCUCCAUCAACACGGCCUGGCCUACCAAGCCGAGUCGCUAGUCAACUACGAUCCCAUCGACCAAACCGUUCUCGCAAAUGAACAAGUAGAUGCCAAUGGCUGCUCCUGGCGCUCUGGGUCAAAGGUCGAGAAGGUCAUGUUGAAGCAAUGGUUCUUGAAGAUCAAGGAGUUCCAAGAGCCUCUGCUGAAAGAUCUGGACGCUUUGGCUAGAGACGGCAGGUGGCCUGAGAAGGUACUUUCUAUGCAGAGGAACUGGAUCGGCAAAUCCGAAGGCGCAAAGCUCUCGUUUGACUUUGUCUCGAUGGAUAGCUCCAUGCGCUUUGAGCCUGUCCAUGUCUUCACUACCAGACCAGAUACCUUGUUUGGAGUGCAGUAUAUUGCUCUUUCGCUGCGUCAUCCUGUUGUUCAACAGCUGGCCAUCGAAGACGAGUCGCUACGCGCCUUCAUGGACCGAGCAAAGGAAUUGCCGCCAGAUGCCAAAGAGGGUUUCCUACUUAAGAACAUCGUAGCGAGAAACCCACUUGCCCAUGUUGGGGGCACGACGGGACCUUCUAUCCCUGUCUAUGUGGCUCCAUAUGUCCUAGAUGACUACGGCUCUGGUGCCGUUAUGGGUGUGCCAGGCCAUGACACACGAGACCACGAUUUUUGGCGAACGAACCGGGGCGACGAGCCAGUUCGGGUUGUCAUUGCUGCUCAACAGGAUACUCUGCCAUGGCCGCUCAUACCAGGUAGCGGGGAAGACGUACCUAUGACCGAGAAAGGUUUCGUCGUUGCUGAUAUUGAGGGCUUUGGUAACAUGACAUCAAAGCAAGCCGCAGAUAGGGUCGUGCAGGCGAUCGUUGAUUCUGGAAGACACGCUGAGAGGACAGCAACCUGGCGUCUUCGAGACUGGUUGAUCAGUCGGCAGCGUUAUUGGGGCACGCCCAUCCCCAUCAUCCAUUGUGGGUCUUGUGGUGCCGUUCCAGUCCCCGAGAAAGACCUUCCAGUCAGAUUACCGGACCUUCCAGACAGCUUCUUCGGGGGACGCAAGGGGAAUCCGUUAGCGGAAGACGAGAACUGGAAGAAGACUACUUGUCCCAAGUGCGGCUCUGCUGCCGAGCGCGAGACCGAUACCAUGGAUACUUUCAUGGACUCAUCCUGGUACUUCUUCAGGUUUUUAGAUCCUAAAAACAAAGAUGCCUUGGUCGACCCGGUCAAGACAAACAACGGCAUGCCUGUAGACCUCUAUGUCGGCGGUGUGGAACACGCCAUUCUGCACCUUUUGUACGCCCGCUUCAUCUCAAAGUUUCUCGCAACAACGCCUACAUGGCCGAAGGGCUACCUGACUAGCGGUGAACCUUUUACGCGCCUCAUAGCUCAAGGAAUGGUUCAUGGAGAGACUUUUACCGAUCCAGAAAGUGGACGCUUCCUUCGUCCGGAUGAGGUGAACUUGUCGAACCCUUCAAAGCCCCUCAUCAAGGCGACGGGUAGCACUCCAAAUGUCAGCUACGAGAAAAUGUCUAAGAGCAAGUACAACGGCAUAGAUCCUGGCACUACAAUCGCCAAGUAUGGAGCCGACGCAACACGCGCCCACAUGCUAUUCCAAGCACCCGUAGGAGAUGUGCUAGAGUGGGAUGAGAAGAAGAUCACUGGUGUUGAACGGUGGCUCAACCGGGUGAUAAGGCUAUCGGAUGCUUUUUGGUUGCCUGAUGUUGAGGCAAAGAGAUUCACCAUACCUACACAGGUUGAUGCAACGAUUCUUGAGAUAAUACAGACACUCUUUCCGAAGGAGAGUGCCACUCACCAUACUCGCGAGCAACUCAUUUCUCUGCUCAAGCCAGAUGAAGCAAAGCUCUGGAUAAAAACUCAGCAAAUCAUCGCGAGUGUCACCGAAUCGUACUCGCAGACGUACUCGCUCAACACCAUCGUCAGCGAUCUGAUGACGUUGACAAACGCUGUCUGGGACACUCCACACGUUUCUGGGAAAACCCCAACCUUUAAAUGGUACUCGGUGGCUCACCUUGUCCGUAUGCUCGCUCCAAUCGCUCCUGGUGUCGCUGAGGAAGCGUGGUACAGACUCCAUAUGUUUGUCGAUUGGGCCAAGCUACCCGAAGAUCAUCCAACCGUUUUCACAGCAGGCUUCCCCACUCCAGAUGUCAAGAUCAUACCCCUUCUCUCAUCGACUCAAACAUGUGUAGUCCAGAUCGACGGGAAACUCAACUAUGUUCUAAAGCAGUUGGCGAAGACUGAAGUAGGAAAAGAAUGGCUCGAUAAAGAGGACGGGAAGCUCUUCAAAAUUGCCGAAACGACUGAGGUGGACGAGAACUUCAGGAUGCUACCCAAGGGAUGGUCGGCUAUUGUCAUUAAACAUGGCAAACUGUGCAACUUAGUGAGCAAGAGAAUGCCUAAACGGGAUAGCGAGCGUCCUGUGAUUAGCCGGGACGCUGUUGAGGUCGCUCGUCAAGAGGUUGGAAGCCCUGCAUUCGACGUAGCCAUUCACAAACGUCCUCAUCACCGCAUCCUCGUUACCGAAGAGUGA